AUGGAGCGGAUCACCAAGGUCGUGUUCGACCCACUCGCAACCACAAAGGCACAGAUCCGAGCCCUCCUCAAUAAUCUGCCAAUCGGCUCUGCGCACCCGUUCAGUCCAGAGCGUCUGCUGCUCUGUCGGGCCGCUACAGGAGUAGAGGAAAUCGAUAUCUCAUCGUAUCCGGAGAGUCAUUUCUUCAAUGCGGUGGACUUGGGUGAGCUCGGUCAGACGCUCCAAACGCGCAUGACCAAGUUUGCUUCCCAGCUUCAAACGUUCAACGACGAGUACACUGUCCAACAAGCCCCGACCGCGAUCUUCAAGGUCCCAAUCGAAUCAGACAAGAUCGCCAUCCUCGCGGUUUCCGAGCGCUACCCAACAUAUUAUGACUUGUGUGUUGCAGACGCGGAAUGCAAGACAACUUGCUAUGGUUCAACCGCCUCUCUCACUGGCAUGCGACAUAGUGGGGAUAUCAACGUUGGAAACGAUCUUCUCCAUCAUAUCAAGGUCAAUGAGCGGCUUCAGUCUGGAAAGGAAUUCGCUGUGUUUGUGUCGGGCUUUCAAUGCACCAAGUUGACGAGAUUCCACGACCGCAAUCCGGUAGUGAUGAUUGCCAACCACACUGAAAAGGCUUUAUACAUUGUCCCAGUCCCGCUUGAUGCUGCUUCGAUUGGAGAUGCAACAAUCUGCUCUCCGGUUGUGUUCAAGCGUGAUGGAGAAUCGCUCAUCUGCUCGAUACUGCCAACACCAACCUCCGAUCUUGGAAAGAUGUGCUCAGGAUCUUCCUUACAGAGUACAUCGUUCCCUGAAGCCAUCCAGCGUGCCGAUUGGACGGUUUCUGCUCCUCCUGUAUCCCUGAGAUCGCAUCCAGCAGCAUCCUUCAAUACAGCCACUCCCGACAUUGCUUCGACCUUAGAAGCAGUAUCCUUGAUCUCCACCAAACAGAAUGCUGUAUUCGUCACUCAAACGACUGUCUUGCCCUCAAUCAUUACACCAAACACGACGCAAAUCAUCCGUUUUGGAACAGGACUAGAGUUUCUGUCUGAAGCACAAGAGAUCGCUCCAGAAAGCAGUCCAUCAGCGGUGGUAUUGCCAUGCAUUUUCGGCUCCCGUCUAGAAGGGCCAUUGUUGCUUGCGACAGGGAAAACCCCUGAAAAUGUACCUUUCCACGAUGAACAGUCACUUCGGGCCUAUUAUGAGGACUUCGAAAGUGCUGUUGUUUUUGUUGACGAACGCAUGACCGAUAAUGCUAGAAACCUAGCUACGCCAUGGAGAAUGAACGCCGUUUUCAUCCUUCAGAUGACCGCGCUAGCGGCACCCAAAGAUGGAGAUGCAAUUUUGGACUUGAUCAAUAUCAGUGCUGUGACAGCGCUUGCUGGGCCACAAUCUUUGGUGUUGGUGCAAAUCACUGAGAAGUAUUACUUUUACAGAGGUAUUGCCAACCGAUCCAUUCUCAAUACUUCAAAUUUCGCUUUUGGAUCAGAUGUCACGAAGACUGUUGAGUCUACGGGGCUGGAGUCUUUACUGGACCCACGAGCCAAGCGAAUGAUCAAUCUCCGCGACGCAAACACUGUCCUUCUCCCUAGCUCUGGGAAGAUGGCUCUGCCACAAGACCUCAAGGACCUCUUCCAAAUCCUCUCUCUCAACCAAAUCCACAACCUGGAAGACGACAUCUCUGCGAUCGUCCCACAAUUGCAGGUCCUUAUGAACCAAAAGGAUCUGGUGGAUCUCUCCCGAGCUUUAAUUUCCGUCUUCUCCGCGAAAAUUGGUGACGCAACGGCCCCUCGAAGAACUGCGUACAUCAAUUUCCUGACCAAAGAAUACGAAAUGUUGAAUCCGGAUUCGGUUAAGAAGAAGAAUUCGAUGCUCGGCGAUCUCAGAAAGGACAGCAAACGAGUACAAAAGAGCCUCGAGUCAAUCAUCACUCAUCUGAGCAACAUGAUGUCUUCCCAAACGACUUCCAAGCGGACACAUGACCUCAAACGCUUAGAGCGGCAAUCUGCUAUUCAGAACAAUGUCGAAGCGGUUAAGUCCAUGACUUUCGAUACUUUGGCAGGACUUCUGGAGAUGAAAGCCGCAGAAAUGGGAGUUCUACUUUUGAACAUCGAGACCACGCCUUACAAGCAACUCCUAGGAAAUUUGAAGGCUAAUUCUCUUAAUGUCAAUCCAUGCUGCGACCUAGACGCGAGAGUUCUCUUCCUCGAAGGCUUCGACGCCGGGAUCAUUUUGGAACAAUCACAGUCCAACCACGAUGGCCCACUGAAGCACCAACUCGGAGCCUCUCAUCCCGUCCUCGCGCUUCCAUACCUUUCUCAAGAGCGCGGCACCGGUUCGAUGCUGGCUUGGGUGUGCUGGGACGAGUUCGUCAACCUCGAAACUCCAUUCGAAGUGAGAUGGAUGGAGAAGUGCAAUGAAUCGCAUAUCGCUGCGCUGAGGGUCAUGAUGCGAGAUACUCUCAGUUCAGCUGUGACAUCAAGAGAAUAUAAUAUGCAACCUGGAAGCCCCGAAACAGGUCAACUUAUGAGCGCUCUGAUGAUGGCUGCAAUGUCCAAACUUGCUGCUAUGAGAACAUCAGCUCCAACACGUACAAUCACAGCCCAGGAUACAGUCACGAAGUUGAUGCGUGGGUUGUUCGGUAAUCUUCUGACCACAGCUGGCUCAGGAGUUCGCCCAAUGAGUAUGGUAUGGCAACUGUUUGGCCGGGAGCCAAAGCUUGAGGUUCCUGCAACUGCUGUAGCCUGGAGCUGGUACGAGACUGUGGUUAGAUUGUACCCAUUCACUGGCUGGCCUCAAGAGCAAUUCAACCUGAACUUGGAAAAGCUGCUCGACAAAGCUCUCCUCGCCAUCAUCACGAAGAACGAGAUUACGGAAAAGAUCAAGAUAACUCAUGUGGAUAGGAUGGUAAAGUAUUGCCAACUUCGAAACAUUCAGCUUGAUCAUUCCCGAUCCAUUGUCACCAUCUUCAUCCAAAUGAUGAAUAGCGACGUCGACCGCAGCGCAAUCGCCACCCGUCUCUUGGCCGCUCUCCCGUCGCACCUCCCAAAUCAAACCCAAUCCUACCCGAAAAUGUUACGCUACCUCAAAUACGUUGCCUCGACCGGCUCACAUCGUGAAGAAGAUGACAUUGUGGUCGUCAGCGUCUACCUCAAACGCUCCGCAGUUUUUAAGGCAUUCAAACAAUCUGUCGCGCAAGCAUGCCGCGACAAUAACAACGCAGAAAUCAAGAAGCACUGUCUAGCGUUGAUGGCGAAGUUUAAUGAGAUCGUCGAGAGCUGGAAACUACAACACGCGAAGCUGAUCAUGCAGAACUUCAAGGCCUAUCAAGGACUGCUGGAUACGCAUUGCGAUGAGGGAGUUGAGAUGGAGGACUUCGCCAAGACACAGCGUAAAGACCUCAUGCACCAGGUCAUCAGUGAUGCAGAGAAAUCAAGGGUCCCGUGGCAAGUCGGCAAGGAGGGAGAGUUCGGAGACGACAUCGAGCCGGUUGACGAAGCAUUCGUUCACGAAAUCAUGACUGGUGAGAAGGCGCCUGUUUUCAAAGUAGUAAAACAAGUCGUUUCCGGAACACACGUCGCAGUCAAGCCUGUUGGAAUGAUGCAAUUCUCCUCCCUUGUCAAUGGAGACUUCAUUACGAAGAUGGAGAAUGUGAUUACUUCACAGGAUGUCUGCAAGAUUAUGAAUGUGCCUGUCUCUGCAAUGCGGGCCUUUGCUACUGCACUCAACCCGGAAUUUGAGAUAGAGAAGCACCUCGGUCUGAACUUCAAGAACGUGGUAAUUGCCCUUUUGUCAGACCGGAAGGAGAGAGAGAAGCAGUGGCCAGUUAGGAGAUUGUUUGGCAUGGUUGAGAGGGAGUCAGAGGGUGGAAUUGGGCCUGGGAUCGAGAUCGAGUUAGAGGGUUGA